GAGAAUUUGUUUUAACCAUAAUUCGUGGAAUCAUUUGUAAGCAAUGAACAAGUUCUAAAUGAAUGUGACUCUACUAGAGUUUAGACUUGAGACACCAUAACUUCACAUCUAUGAUAAAAGGAAUAGUCUUUCGUAUAAGAAGCUCAAGAAGAACAUAAAAAGUGGGUGCAGCUUAGUCUAUAGUAUGCUGAUUUAGAGAUAUUUGACAAGUAAAAGUUGAAGUAAGUCUAGUCCAUCAGGAAAGCUUGGCGCAAUUUUUUGUUUGAAAAAGUCAUUGGAAGUAAAAUGUUUAGAAAGAAUGCUAGGAAGUAUCGGAAACAACCUCUCUACCACACAAAGGUAGGGGUAAGGUUUGCGUAUAUCCUACCUUCCUAGACCUCACUUGUAAGAUUACACUGGGUAUGUUGUUGUUGUUGCUGGAAAGUAUGACGCAAAAAGGUCUUUUGUAAGCUGAGAAGGCACCCUUAUGUUUAUGGUGAUGUGUAGAAAUUAAAGGUCAUUCUUUGGAUUGAUUUGUUGCAAAAUUGAAGAUUUUGGUUCCAUAAGUUGCAAGUUACCUUUACUUGGGCCCUUUUAUAACAGUUCCUGCUUGUUUAUUAGGGUGGCCAGGGUAGUUGAUGUUACAAGAACAAAGUGUUGAAGGACAUGUAAAUAGCUAACAAGUAGGACUAGUGCAACAGGAAUGUUAUGUUUUGUGCUGAGCUAACUUUAUCAUAACAGAGUAGAAAUUGGUCGUGAUUUGCAAGAAUUACUCAAAUUCAUUUAGCCAGUGUGAUUAGUAUUUUGUAUGAUAAAUAGUAGAAUAGGUGCUUCAAGACACGUAAUGGCUAUUAUUCGUUGUUGCACCCAAUUUCAGCUAAUAUUACUAAGCUAGUUUUUGGGAUAUCUAAGUUGGUCAAGUCUAGCAUAAUGGCUGGACAGACUUUCAGAGUGACCAUCCAUUCUGCUACCAACUUCCACUUUGGAGACUCAUGUAACUACCACUGAAAUAAGAAAUAAAAAAAAAAAAAAGGCAAUCCUAUGUUUUCCCUUCCUUUUCAUAAAAAGUUGUGAAAUUGCUGAUUAAAGGUAUGAAUUAAUGAUAAGGGCAUAAAUGAUUGUUAUCAAUAAGGGGGUAUAAGUGAUAUGUUCAUGUUCUUCAGUUAGCUAAAGCAUAAGAGGAACCCUUAAUUCACACUUCCCCUUCUUUCUUAACACCUCCUAAUUUCCAGGUUGAGCAACAGAUAUCAAUUCUGUUAGAUAUUGUAGGAGUGGCAAACUGACGGGUCGGAUCGGAUAUGGGUGGGUCGAAGACAAGUUAAAUAAAAACAGAUUAAAUAUCCGACCCGCUCAUAUUAACAUUCAUAAAAAAUGAGUUAACCUACGGAUCAUAUUAUCCAUGGUUUUAGGAAUAGUCAGGUGAGAACACAAGCUAGAAGUCAAAAUAAGCUUAGACUGUCUGAAAACAAGAACUCAUGAAAAAUAACAAGCAGACAAAUAGGUAUUGAUAAUAUGGAUAUCUGGAUAUUCAAUUUUUAGUGGAUAAUAUGGAGAUAUUUGAUCCAUUUUUAAGUGGUCAGUUAUCCAACCCAUAUUUUAUGGGUCGGAUUGGAUGGCUGUUUUUCCAAACCAUUUUGCCAACCCUAGAUAUUUGAAUGCAUUUGCCGCAUUAAUCCUUGUUUUGUUUUAUGCUAAGUUGUAUUUUUGUUGUUAUGCUAUUUCUUACUUUACGCGAGUUGUGUCUAGUCAAUAGGUAGUCAAGGAAAAGUUCGAAGCUUUGAAGGCUAAAUAUUCUCCAGGUAGCAGUAAUGGUGGAAUGGUGGUGGUCUUUACUGGGAGCUGCUGUACCAGCUGUAGUGGCAGGGCAAGCUUUCAGGACGAAAAAGAGGAGAGAUGAGGAGGAGAGGUUAAAGAGGGCCAGAGACCGUGAGAAGAACUCUGAUGAUAUAUUUGUUUGUGAAAGAGUGUGUACUUCAAACAGGAUGCUCAAGAAGGUUGGUGCAUUUUCCAAAGACCCGAUGCCCGAUACUUGUGUUACUGUUUGUGGUGUUUCUGAGCUCGAUGCUUGCGCUGAUGCAUGUGCUCGGACUGUUUGUGUUAAUCAGCAUCAAGUGCCUAACUGGAACGAUAUCUGUCUUAAGAGUUGUCAAAGUGAGUGUCUUAGGCUCUCACAAUCUUCUGUAGUGUCUUCUUAGCACAUAGCUCUUAAAAUUUUGCUUUUAUCAUUUGGAGAAUUCUGGUCUAUUGACAAUCUUCUGAAGUUUAUGAAUAUUAUUUGUGCUGUC